UAUAUCCUUCGGGUUCAAGCAAAGGUGCCGCUAGUUAGUUUGUCAUACUUAAACAAUUAAGCCUGUGCAUGGCGAGAUAUGUCAUACACAUGUCAGAUUAAUUGAUCGCGUGUGCGUGUCUAUAUAUAGCCAGCUUCCUUUCUUCUUCGUCACACCGACUUAACACUUGGUCAUUUCUCAUUUGUGCGUCACGGAGUGAGCAGUGUACAUACGUUACUAGCUCAAGGCUGCAGCGGAGAGAGAGAGAGAGAGAGAGAGAGAGAUGGGCGCUGUGGCUGCGGUUCGUGCCGCGGUCCUGGUCGUGGCCGUGGCCCUCGCCGCGGCGGCGGCCGGCGCGUCGGCGCAGCUGUGCGACAAGUACUACGACGGGACGUGCCCGGACGUGCACCGGAUCGUGCGGCGCGUGCUGAAGAGGGCGCGGCAGGACGACCCCCGCAUCUUCGCCAGCCUCACCCGCCUCCACUUCCACGACUGCUUCGUCCAGGGUUGCGACGCGUCGAUCCUGCUGGACAACAGCACGAGCAUCGUGUCGGAGAAGUUCGCGACGCCGAACAACAACUCGGCGCGGGGGUACCCGGUGGUGGACGACAUCAAGGCGGCACUUGAGGAGGCCUGCCCCGGCGUCGUCUCCUGCGCCGACAUCCUCGCCAUCGCCGCCAAGAUCUCCGUCGAACUGUCCGGAGGCCCCCGGUGGCGCGUGCCCCUCGGCCGGCGCGACGGCACCACGGCCAACCUCACCGGCGCCGACAAUAACCUCCCCAGCCCCCGCGACAACCUCACCACCCUUCAGCAGAAGUUCGCCGCCGUCGGCCUCGACGUCACCGACCUCGUCGCCCUCUCAGGGGCGCACACGUUCGGGAGGGUGCAGUGCCAGUUCGUGACGGACAGGCUGUACAACUUCAGCGGGACGGGGAAGCCGGACCCGACGCUGGACGCCGGCUACCGGCGGGCGCUGGCGAAGAGCUGCCCGCGGCGGGGCGGGAACUCGUCGGCGCUGAACGACCUGGACCCGACCACGCCGGACGCCUUCGACAAGAACUACUUCGCCAACAUCGAGGUGAACCGCGGCUUCCUCCAGUCCGACCAGGAGCUCCUGUCCACGCCGGGCGCGCCCACGGCGGCGAUCGUCAACAGCUUCGCCAUCAGCCAGAAGGCCUUCUUCAAGAGCUUCGCCAGGUCCAUGGUCAACAUGGGGAACAUCCAGCCGCUGACGGGCAGCCAGGGGGAGGUCCGGAAGAGCUGCAGAUUUGUCAAUGGAAGUUAAGGGAGGAGGACCCGUUAGCUCGAAGGACUGAGUUAUUCUUGUACUGUAAAACGGAUUGAAGAUCAAUUUAUUUCAUUUACGGAUUUGCUAAAUUUAUGACGGCAUAUUUUAAUAUUUUAUUGUUAUUAUAGUCCCUUAAUUUAUCA